AUUUUGAAAAACAUGACCCGGAAAGUGUUUGUCCUCGGUAGUUGUAAUCUGUAGCUAGCACGUGUGUAGCUGUCAAAGCAGCAUGCAUUAGUCAACAAAUAUCCACACACAACGAACUGUGUGGACACGCGUGUCUGUCAGUCCAGGUGCAAAGUGUCAUGAAUUUUAAUAAUACUGUAGAUUGACUGUAAUAUAAACGGAGAGUCGUGAAGGCAUUAAAGCUAGCUGCUAAGCUAACAGGCCAAGCCCAGUAAAGUUGUGUGAACACUGAUUGAUUUUCUUAAAUGAUGCAAUAAUGGCUGAUGCGUUUAGCAGCAGCUCAGAAACUGUAAUUCAACGUGUGGUUGAUGUCACAGUGAAGACAAAUACUCCUCCAGAGAAACUGGAAGAGUUGUAUCAGAUCAAGGAGACAUGUGACUUUGUCAUUCAGCAUCAAUUUAAGAAGGUCGCUUUGCAGUUUCCCGAUGAGCUGCUGGUGGAUUCAGUUGCAGUCGCAGCGGAAAUUGAGAGACAGUGUAAUGCCAAGACGUACAUUUUAGGGGAUACAUCCUAUGGCAGCUGCUGUGUGGACGAGGUAGCUGCAGAACAUGUUCGGGCCGAUUGCAUCGUGCACUAUGGCAGAGCCUGCCUCAGCCCCUCCAAGAGGCUGCCUCUGAUGUAUGUGUUUGAGAGACGACCAGUGGAUGUGGAAAAGUGUGCCUCCGCCUUCAGAGAACUCUACCCUGAGACGCAGUGCCGUGUCAUCAUCCUCUAUGAUGUUAACUAUGUUUAUGCCAUAAGUGAUCUUCUGACACUUCUGUCUCCCGAGUAUCCAAACCUUGUUGCCUCAGACCUCGUUGUGGAAGGGGAGCAGUGUCACUGUCAUGGCCAGAUAAAAAGAAAACAUUACGACACCUGUGCGUCAGAACAAGCUAACAACCAGGUUAUUUGUCAGUUUGGGAGGCAGUUCUCCUUGGAAACUGGUUCAAGUGUAACGGAUUACAGUGUAUUCUACAUCGGCCAGGAAGGAGCGGCCCUGCGUAACUUCAUGAUGACAUGGAAUCGCUGCUCGUUUUGUUCUUUUGACCCCAUAACUAUGAUGGGGAGGACAGAGUCAGUAAGCAUUAACCGUGCACUGAUGAAGCGAUAUUAUGCCAUAGAACGGGCCAAAGAUGCCAGCGUGGUUGGCAUCCUGGUCGGCACGCUGGGCGUGGCCGACUACCUCACCAUCAUCCAGCAGCUGAAGGAGACUAUCCACAGGGCUGGCAAAAAGAGCUACAUGUUUGCCAUGGGGAAACUGAAUGUGGCCAAACUUGCAAACUUUCUUGAAAUUGACAUUUUCGUGUUAAUUGCAUGUCCUGAGAACUCUCUGCUGGACUCCAGUGAGUUCUACAAACCUGUUGUGACACCAUUUGAGAUGGAGGUGGCCUGCAACAAGAACAGGGAGUGGUCAGAGGAGUACGUCACAGACUUUCGACAUCUCCUACCAGGUGGACUGAGUCAUGUGCCUUUGACUGAUCAGUUGGAGGACAGUGAAGACACUGACGUUUCUUUAAUCACUGGUGCUCUGCGAAGCCACGGUGUGUCCAACAGUGAGCCUGUUGUGUCCUCGCAUGGCUCCUCUGUGGUCCUCAGGAAUCAGAAUCUCACCAUAGCCACAACAAACCCAGCUGCAUCAUUUCUGGCAGAACGCAGCUGGCGUGGCCUAGAGCAGAAGUUGGGAGAGACUCCUGUGGUGAAAGCAGUAAAGGGCAGGAGAGGAAUAGCUAUCGCCUAUGAAGAGGAAGGAACAUCUUCAUGAUAAUUUACCAGGAAUCCACAUGGUCUUCAUAUGAUUAUUUAACCGUCAUUGUCACUACAAUUCUGCACUAUCUUACUUCAAUAAAUAGUCAAAAUUG